AAACGUUGGGGGCUUAAAACACCAAGAAACUUUUUUCUUGAUAAUUUCUUAAUGUAGCCUAAUACUGUUUGGACAUGAUCAAACACUGUGUUUGUGUUCAGCCCUUAAAGUGAUACUGAUUUCACCUUCUCUGUGACUGUGCCGUCUAUUACUCACUGUGCUGGAAAAGCUACUGUUUAGCCUGAGGGUUCAUCUUACUCAACACUGUGUUUGUGUUCAGGGGCGGUGCAGGCAGGCAGCAGGGUCCAAAUAUUUUCUCUCUCUCCCUCAGUCUCUCCUUUUCUCCCUCUCUCUCUCUCUCUCAUUCUCUCUCUCUCACUCUCUCUUUUUCUCCCUCCCUCUCUCAUAUUUAAGCAGAGCUGUCCAAUCAGAAUCCUCAAUCCAAGUCCCUCCCUCCACCUCACCCUGUAGUUGAAUGAGGAAGUGGGAACUGAGACGGACGGACUGAACUGAUUGACGGCUUCUCUCUGAACUCUAAAAAGAGACUGACAUGAUCUUAAAACAGUGAAGUUGAAAGUGAAAGCAAACUGUACAAACUACUGCAAAAGACUACUGGUAACAGCACGAUGGCAUCUAAACCCUUCUCAGAAGAGGAUUUCUCCUGUCCUGUGUGCUGUGACAUCUUCAAGGACCCUGUAGUGCUCUCAUGCAGUCACAGUAUCUGUAAGGUCUGUCUGCAGCAGUUCUGGGAAACUAAAGGAUCCAGAGAAUGUCCAGUCUGCAGGAGGAAGUCAUCAAUGGUUAACCCCCCAAUCAGUCUGACGCUAAGGAACCUGUGUGAGGCCUUUUUACAGGAGAGAAGUCAGAGAGCUUCAGCAGGGUCUGAGGUGCUCUGCAGUCUGCACAGUGAGAAACUCAAGCUCUUCUGUCUGGAGGAUAAACAGCCUGUGUGUGUGGUGUGUAGAGACUCCAAAACACACAAACACCACAACUUCAGUCCCAUCAGUGAGGCUGCACCAGAUAUGAAGGAAGAGCUCAAAAUCAAGCUGGAGCCCCUAACAAAGAAACUGAAGAGCUUUGAAGAAGUUAAACUCCUCUGUGAUCAAACAGCAGCACACAUUAAGACUCAGACCCAGCACACAGAGAAGCAGAUGAAGAUGGAGUUUGAGAAGCUUCAUCAGUUUCUACGAGAUGAAGAGGCAGCUAGGAUAGCUGCACUGAGGGAGGAAGAGGAGCAGAAGAGUCUGAUGAUGAAGGAUAAGAUUGAGAAGAUGAGCAGAGAGAUCUCAUCUCUUUCAGCCACCAUCAGAGCCAUAGAAGAGCAGAUGGGAGCUGAUGAUGUGACUUUUCUGCAGAACUACAAGAGCACAGUGGAAAGAGCCCAGUGCACACUGCAGGAUCCGGAGAGGGUUUCAGGAGCUCUGAUCAAUGUGGCAAAGCACCUGAGCAACCUGAAGUUCAGAGUCUGGGAGAAGAUGCAGGAGACUGUUCAGUACACUCCUGUGACUCUGGAUCCCAAUACUGCACACCCACAGCUCAUCCUGUCUGAGGAUCUGACCAGUGUGAGAUGUGAUGUUGAGGAGCAGCAGCUUCCUGAUAACCCAGAGAGGUUUGAUCACUAUGCCAGUGUGCUGGGCUCUGAGGGCUUUAACUCAGGGACUCACUGCUGGGAUGUGGAGGUUGGAGAGAACACAUGGUGGGAGGUGGGUGUGAAGGCAGAGUCAGCCCAGAGGAAGGGAGAAUAUGGUGAAGAUGUGAGUGGAGAGUGGAGUGUGUUGUAUAAUGAUGGUAAAUAUGGAGCAUGCGCUGCUCCACAGCCCCUCACUCUCCUCACAGUGCAGCAGAAACUCCAGAGGAUCAGAGUGCAACUGGACUGGGACAGAGGAGAGCUGUCAUUCUCUGACCCUGAUAAUAACACACACCUACACACUGUCACACACACAUUCACUGAGAGAGUGUUUCCAUACUUUAAUAGCUGUAGGGAGUCUCCUCUGAGGAUGUUACCAGUGAAGGUCUCAGUUAGAGUAGAGCAGCCCAGUUAGAGCUGAUAGUGUCUCUGUGGACCAGAAAGGAUCAGCAUGAGGAGAUGAAUCAGAGACUCUGAGAGAAAACACCACUGUGGACUGAGAGAAAUCACCAGCAUCACAUACACCCUCUUCUCCCAUGUGAUCAUUUGACAUUCAUUGUACACGCUCCACAUUUUUAUGCUGUGUAAGGGAUAAAGGUUUGUGAUAUAAAAUUCAUUAAAGGUACAUUUCACUUAUGGA